AUGGAGGUUCAAGUAGUAGCUCUUCCCACGAGCCACGUGGUGGUUGUGCCAUACCCAUCCCGUGGCCAUAUCAACCCCAUCAUGAACCUCUGCAAGUUGCUCCUGUCUAACAACUCUGACAUCCUCGUCACUUUCGUUGUAACCGAACAAUGGUUAAACUUAAUCAGCUCCGAAAGCAAACCUAUCAACUUAAGAUUCGCCUCCAUUCCUAACGUUGUUCCCGACCUAGAUCGUUCGGCACACAACUUCCUCAACGUGGUUGAAGCUGUUAUGACGAAGAUGGAAGCGCCGCUUGAGGAGCUACUCGAUCGGCUUCAGCCGCCGCCAACAAUCAUCAUGUGCGAUGCUUUUCUCUUCUGGGCGGUUGGCGUCGGAAACCGGAGGAAUAUUCCGGUGGCGGCGUUUUGGACAACAUCGACGUCGGAGUUAUGGGUUCAAUAUUACCAUAUUUUCCAACAAAACCUGCUAGAAAAUGGUGAAGAAGAACUUAUUGAUUAUAUUCCUGCAAUGUCCUGGAUUCGUCUAUCGGAUAUUCCUCUUCUUGAUGGGAAAAACCAACAAAUUUUGCAAUGGGCUAUGAAAAGCUGUGAAUGGAUGCAUAAAGCACAGUACCUGUUAUUGCCUUCAAUAUAUGAGCUAGAAUCCCAGGUCAUUGAUGCCUUAAAAGCAAGGUUCACAAUACCAAUUUACUCUAUUGGCCCAAACAUACCUUAUCUUACUCUCGGAGACAAUUCACAUGAUGCUAACGGUGCUGGCCACAGUUACUUAAACUGGCUAGAUCACCAACCCUGUGAUUCUGUUUUGUACAUCUCAUAUGGUAGCUUUCUCUCAGUUUCAAGUGCACAAAUGGAUGAAAUAGCAGCUGCUUUGCACAAUAGUGGGGUUAGAUUCUUGUGGAUAAUGCAUGGAGAGAGUUCAAGGUUGAAAGAGAUUUGUGGGAACAUGGGGUUGGUUGUACCAUGGUGUGACCAAUUGAGGGUGUUGUUACAUCCUGCUAUAGGGGGUUAUUGGACACACUGUGGUUGGAAUUCUAUUAUAGAAGGUCUUUUUGCUGGGGUUCCUUUUCUAACCUUUCCACUUGCUAUGGAUCAACCACUAAUUAGUAAGCUCAUUGUAGAGGAUUGGAAGGUUGGGUGGAGAGUGAAGAAAGAAGAUAAAUUAGACACAUUGGUGAGAAGAGAUGAGAUUGUUGUCUUGUUGAGGAAAUUCAUGCAGUUAGAUAGUGAUGUUGGAAAAGAUAUGAGAAAAGGGGCCAAAGAGCUUCAACAUAUAUGUCAGCUAGCAAUUGCAAAAGAAGGGUCAUCUGAAACUAAUAUCAAAGCCUUUCUGAAGAAUAUAAUAGAGAGUGCUGUGCCACAAGGAUCAAACAGACCACAAGCUCAAGUUGGUAUUGAGAAUCUCAGUUGA